GAGAAGAGGCCAGUAGAUCUGGGUUUUGUCCAGGGGGUCUCUGGGUUUAAGCACUGUCUACAAGCACUUGAGCUCAUUUUGCCUGUGACUUGGCUGGGUAGAACUUCUUUCUCUGCCCAAGCUGGUAAAAAUCUAAAACUUUACUCUUCAGAAUUCUUUCAGUAGCGCGACAUAUACAACCUAUCCUUUAGCAAAAAUGGAAGCUAUCAAGAAAAAGAUGCAGAUGUUGAAGUUGGACAAGGAGAAUGCCAUUGACAGAGCAGAGCAGGCUGAAACAGAUAAGAAGGCAGCUGAGGACAAAUGCAAACAGGUAGAGGAUGAGCUGGUAGCUCUGCAGAAAAAGUUGAAAGGAACUGAAGAUGAGCUGGAUAAGUACUCGGAGGCUCUCAAAGAUGCCCAGGAAAAACUAGAGCAGGCUGAAAAGAAGGCCACUGAUGCUGAAGGUGAGGUGGCAGCUCUGAACAGACGUAUCCAGCUAGUGGAAGAGGAGUUGGAUCGUGCCCAAGAACGGCUGGCCACAGCCUUGCAGAAACUGGAGGAGGCUGAGAAAGCAGCGGAUGAGAGUGAGAGAGGAAUGAAGGUUAUUGAGAACAGAGCAAUGAAAGAUGAAGAGAAAAUGGAAAUUCAGGAAAUGCAACUGAAGGAGGCUAAGCAUAUUGCUGAAGAAGCUGACCGCAAAUAUGAAGAGGUUGCCCGUAAGCUGGUUAUUUUGGAGGGUGAACUGGAAAGAGCUGAAGAGCGUGCAGAGGUGUCUGAAGUUAAAUGUAGUGACCUUGAAGAGGAGUUAAAGAACGUCACUAACAACCUGAAGUCCUUGGAAGCUCAGUCUGAAAAGUACUCGGAAAAAGAAGAUAAAUAUGAAGAAGAAAUCAAGAUUCUCUCUGACAAGCUGAAAGAAGCUGAAACUCGUGCUGAAUUUGCAGAGAGAACAGUUGCCAAACUGGAAAAGUCUAUUGAUGACCUGGAAGAAAAACUUGCUCAAGCGAAAGAAGAGAACUUGGGGUUGCAUCAGACACUGGACCAGACGCUAAACGAACUGAACUGUAUAUGAGAUGGCGAAGAACCCCAGCGGCCAACAGGAACUGAAGACUCCGUCUGCAUU